AUUAAUAUCAUUUCAUUCUGAUUUAGAUGGUUUCUUGCAAACUUAUUAUUUUAGGGUUGUUAACAUUUCGUAAGCAAAAGCUGAUGAACGAGAGAACCUGGGAAGAAUAAUUAACUAUUUUCGAAUCUCAUCUCUAUUGUAAACAUUUCUUCAGUUUCAGUCACUAAUAAGUUAGUAUUAAAUUUUUGUCUCAGUUUAGACGAAAGUGAUGGUUAGAUAGCCAAAUCUGCAUUAGCUCAAUGCUAACGUGACGGCAGCAACUGCAAACCUACGUUCUUGCGCCAGAGAGCGUUCGAAGUUUAGCGUCUUUCUCUAAACCACAAAAGCUUCAUCUCGCACGAUUCUUCUGUUCACACUGAUUCUCUCUCUAAUGGCGGACAAGAAAGAUCUAGACCCAAAUCCUCCCGCCGAAGAUGGAACGUUUCUCUGCCCAUUAAAUAAGAGAACUAUGGCUGAAAGAUCAUUUACUAGAGCGCACGAGCCGGAGUUCAAGAAACAGAAACUCGAACAGCUCCAGAGAAAAGCUUAUCACUCUGUUCUCCUUGCUUCCAAAUCAGAACCCUCGGGAACAUCACACAACAAGUCUCAAUUAAUCAUACAAAAGCUGAUGAACGAGUGGAACAUCGGUCAAGAAACUCACAUCUCUGUUUCCGAGAAGAUUGAUCACUCUGCAAAUAACGCAACUUGGAGUCCAGACUCUCUUCCUAAUCCAGAGUCUCUUGCUGGAAAACGGAUCCAUGCAAGGUCUCCUAAUGACGAAGAAGAUGAUUCGCCAACGAGCAAGAAGAUCAAACUCCAUAAACAGGCUUACGACCAUGUUCUUCACGCCUUCAACGCAGAAUCUCCAGCACUCUCACACUCAAGGACUCUGAUAAUGCGAGACCUCCUGGAGGAAUGCAACAAAGCACAUAUCAAAACUGAUCCUCCACUGGUCGAAGCUUUUAAUACACCAAAAAUAGUGGAGCCAAGAUCCAGACUCUUACCUGAGGACAUACAUUUUCGUCCAACAUCUCUUGAGAUGUCAAUCUUUUUGAAACAAAAAGCUCUGGGACAGCCAGUAACAGCAUGCAUCGUACCUGAAGAACGUCACGAUAUCUUCUCAAUCCCUCCUCGCGAUUUGCCUGGCUAUCCAGAAGAGAGACAUUGGUAUUACUAUUGCAUGAAGCCUAAGGGACAACAAGACCCUCAAAGUCUCUGGACAAGAUUCCGCGAAGAUACUGCUGUGUUCGAUCUAGAGGAAAACUGUGUCGGUAUCAAACGCAGGUUUACUCUCACUGAGCGGGAAGAAGAAUCUGAUGACGACAUUUUUUUGCCUGACGAAGAAGAACCUCCAGUGGAAGAAUGGUUCAUUAGAGAGAUUAGUCUCCCAUCGAGUGUUGCAGAUACUGACUUGGUUUUGUGCCAUGUUGUUCUCAAGAUGAGGAAGAAGACGCAAGAUGAAGAAUACUAUGAAGAAGAAGAGGAUGAAUAAAUCGUUACAUGUAAAAUCAUACAAAACUCGUUUGAUGAUAUUUUGAAUUUGACUUGGUUUAUACUACUACUCUUCUCAUGACAA